CAGUGACUCUUUGUGUCUCCAUCCGAGGCUGGACCAGGGCUGGAUCUUGAGGCAGCUGAAGCUGGUGCAGCGCUGCCCCUGGGCGCAUAAUGCCAGCGCCCUGGGCCAGUACAGGGAACAGCUGGGGGGCUGCUGUAACGCUUCAGACGACCUGGUGCUGACCCAGAACAACACCCAGCUGGGCUCCCAGAUCGUCUACGACGCUCAGCAGGACAAGAAGCAUCCAGUGAAGGAGGAGCUGCUGGAGAUGCUGCCACAGGUCUCCCCGUUUCAGGGUGCCCCCUACGAGUGCUGUGCCGUGGUGGGGAAUGGGGGGAUCCUUCGUAACAGCGGCUGUGGCCCUGAGAUCGACCGCGCCCAGUUCGUCAUCAGGUUCAACCUGCCCCCCAUGGACUUUGCUGACGACGUGGGCACGAAAUCGAGUGUCGUCACCAUGAACCCCAGCAUCCUGCACGACCGGUUCAGGGGUCUGAGCCGCUGGCGCCGACCCUUCGCAGAGGCGGUGGGUAUCUACGGGGCCCCGCUGCUCCUCAUCCCGGCCUUCAGCUUCGUCGGCCAGAGCACAGUCUCGUUCCAGGCACUCUACACCCUGGAGGACUUUGGCUCCCCAGCCCGCCCCGUCUUCAUGAAUCCCGAGUACCUGGCGGGGCUGGACGGGCACUGGCGUUCCCGUGGCCUGCGCGUCAACCGCCUCUCCUCGGGCUUCAUGCUGGUGAGCGCCGCCCUGGAGCUGUGCCAGCACCUCACCCUCUACGGCUUCUGGCCCUUCCCCACCGACCCCGAGGGGCGGCCCCUGCUCCACCACUACUAUGACAACCAGCCCCCCAAGCCAGGCGUUCACACCAUGCCCGACGAGUUCACCCGCUACCUGGACAUGCACAUGCAGGGCGCGCUGCGGCUGCAUCUGGGGCGCUGCCAGUGA